AUGAAGCCUUCCCGGAGCUGUGGGCGGGUCCUGGCUGCCUUUGACGGCGGCAGCCGCAGCAGCAGCAGCAGCAGCAGCAAUGGCAGCAGCGGCAGUUGCUGCAGCAGGUUUCUCUAUCGUUUUAUGUUCUUUGCCCUUUGUCUACCAGUAUGUUUCUUGGUUCUGGGCUCAGCAGCAGCAGGCGAGAACGGGGCUAUAUCCGCCACCACCACUGUUGCUUCUGCUGCUGCUGCUGCUCCCACGGCUGCUGGAGAUGCACUCACCACUGGCACUCCUCCUACUAGCCCAGAUCUGAGCCCCAGAGGGAUUUCUCCAUACCUUUUGCAUUUUCAGGGGCCCCUGAGGGGCCCCAUUAGGGGCCCCCUGAGGGGCCCCUUCAGACCCAACUCACGGGGGCCAGCUAAGAGUGGCUACGCGGCCCCGCGCGGCUGGGAUCCCCUGCCUAAGGACGCUGAUAUUGUUUGGACGGAGACAUGGGACUCAGCAAAAGCAGCAGCAGCAGCAGCAGCAGCAGCAGAAAGCCCCCCCGUAGCAGCAAAGCGAUCAGCCCUGUUUCCCCAGUCGCGCCUGACAAAGGGCUUCCUGCUUCUGUCCUUUUUAGCUGCUUUGCUGCUGCUGCGGGUGCCGCUGCCCUUACGCAGGCAGAGGGGCGCAGCAGCAGAGAGAGAUGCGGAAAGCUCAGCAGCCAAAGCGGCGGAAAUUGCAGCGAGUGCAGCAGCUGCAGCACCUGCAGCAGCAGCAGCGAAGAGACCAGCGACGUCGGCAGCAGCACCAGGGCCUGCCACUGCAGAGCGAAAGCCAGAACCACCUGCUGCGCCAGAAGCGGAGCAGUCAACGGAAGAGCUGGCAAGGACAGCAGCAGCAGCAGAAGCAGCAGCAGCAGAAGCAGCAGCUGCACGGGAGUCAGCAGGAGAAGCAUCAGCGUCAAUGUUAGCAGCAGAGGAGUCGCCAUGGGACCCGAAUGCAGCAGCAGUGCCAGCAGCAUUUAAGCCGUUGCUGCAGCAAGACACACUACAGGCGUUGCUGGAUGAGACUGAGGCCCUAGCGAAGACCUUGGGGGGCAGUUCUACUUUUGUGCGUUUCUUGCGGAUGCGUACUGCUGUUUCUGCUGCUAUGGCGGAGCUGCAGCAGCUGCAGCAGGCAGUUGCUGCUGCUGCUGCACCGCCGCCGGCCGGAGCAGCGGGCAAACCAGUAGCAGCCGCAGCAACGGCAGGCCUUGUGCCAACAGUAGAACGACUGGAAGAUCAGGUAAACGCGGCGCUCGCGGAGGCGCAGUGGCUGCAUACAAUGGCUGCUGAGACUAUAGAGGGUCAGCAGCAGGCAGCAGAAGAGUUGGUGCUGCAGCUGCAUUCCGAGCAGCAGCUGCUGCAGCAAGCGGGGCAGCGUUUCGCCGCCUUAUACAGCAAGGCAUUCGCCGCCUCUCCCGUGCCUGACCUAAUACUGUCUGUACACCUGAACGGCGUUAAGGAGAUGCAGCAAGCAGCAACGCAAGACCUAGCGCGGAUGCAGGCAGUUACGUUGCUGUCAGCAGCAGAGUGGAGGGUCAAGCUUUCUGUGCAGCAGAAGGAGCGGCCGCAGGAGUCGCCGCAGCAGGAGCCGCGGGAGCAGCAUCAGCAAGAACACGGGCAGCAGCAGCAGCAGGAAAAACAGGGGACGCAAGACCCGGAGAAGCUGCAGCAUGAGGUGGAGGAGCAGGUGCAGAAGAUGCUCAACCAGCUGCAGCGGCCGCUCUGGGCAGUGACUGCCACAGCGAGGGCGCUAGCAGCAACUCAGAAGUCUUAUGGGGAAAUCGAAAGCAAGUAUAGGCACGCCACAGAAGUAUGGACUAGUGAAAUCGACGGAAUUAUGCGGGCGGGCAUAUAUCUUUCUUCCAGUUCGUACUGGCUAGCUGCUGCCUCCUGCUACGCUAUAUCAGAGACGGAAAGGUUGCGCCUUGCAGACCUCGAAUGGAAAGUCUGGAGCAGCGGGCGGCAAAGGCGGCGGCAGCAGGGCUCUUCGCAGCAGGAUGGGGAGGCAAAACAGCAGCCGGACGUCGAGGAUCUUGAAACGGAUCCUUUUCAGAGGCGAAAUGAGCAGCUGGUUUCGCUGCUGCAGCAGUUUUAUGUAAGCGCAGACCGUGUUGGCGACGGCCUUUUGGCUAUGGGAGCAGCAGCACGGAGUAUAUCCGCAGGUCAUUUGUCUCUAUAUGGACUAUUGGAAACAGGCGAGAGACAGGCUAGGCUGUACGAACAGAUGAGGAACGACUUGGAUCGGAUUCAGACUGCCAUGGAAGCGAUUUCUAGGCUGAGGGUGCUCCUGCAGAUGCCGGAGCCGCCCGCUGCUGCUGGAACAGGACACACGGAAGCAGUGCUCAGCAAGCUGCUGCCUCUGGCGAAGACAGCAUCAGCAAUCGCGCGGCGGGUGUCGGGGGAGCUCAGCUUCAAACAUGCAGAAGAGAUGGCUGAUUUUGCAGAAACGGAAGAGGCGAUCCGUGCAGAAGAGGAUGCAUCAGCAAUAGGAGCAGACACAAGGCUUGCCUUUGGUGAAGACUAUAGAGAGCAGCAGAAGCGGCGGCUGCAGCAGCAGGAGGAGCGUGAGGCAGCAGUGCGGCUGGAAGCCAACAAGGCUGUGUACGCGUAUGAGCGGCUUUCUGGGGCCCUCAAUUCACUGGUCAUGGAGGAACAGACAGAAGCAGCACUUGUUGCAGCAAGCAAGACAGUGAACAUGGCAGAGGAGGCAGUGGCAGCGAAAGUGAGACAGGAUAUUUGGGGGUUGGAGAACGCUGAGGGCAGGGCUGCCUUCCAGGUUGCUUGCACGCAAGCGGAGAAACACGAGCAAGCAGUAGCAGCAGCAACUGCUGCUGCUCAGGCAACUGCUCUUGCUGCUGCUGAGCAGCAGCGGGCCGCACACAUGAACAGCUUCGGCUCUACGUCAGUGCAAAGACAGCAGCAGGUAUCUACGGAAACAGAAACAGGCGUAAAGGAAGCAACGGACCAGCCGGAAGACACGAGAAGUGGCACAGAGCGAAGGCGGUCCACAGAGGCAGGAAUUGGAGCGGUUGAAGGCACAGCAGCAUGGAAGACGCAGCAGCAGCAGCAAGAGAGCGACACAGCUAGUGCCGGCAAACUGCUUGCACAGUGA